UGAGAGGCGGAGCUGGCUGCGUUUUGUCACUCAGCAUAUGUUUUUUCAGGCCCGCACGUUGUACUCAUCUGUCAGGACCCGUGAACUCCAGACAGCAAGGAGUGAGCUGACAGAGGCAGAGGACGCGCGGAGCUCCUCCGGGAUCAGCGACCGGUGACGUGUCUGUGAUCUCCCGAGGAAACAACAAUCCUGGCUUCUAAUUGUGCGUGAAACGUCCUCAUGUGUGCCAGGCGCGUUGGCAUCACGGGCGCAUUUGUUGCCCUCAUGAUGUCUCCUCUGCUGCUGGAAGGUGUCGACCCAAGAUGCAAUAAGACAAAUCAGCAAGGGUUCGUUGAGGGAAGCUGCCCCGUGACACUGAGCCCGGUGCCUUCCCUUGUGUCUGGGAAGCCAUACACCGAACAUGUCGCUGUCCGUGUUUGGAUGAAGGCUGAUGACUUCUGUAAGACCCCGAGGAUUGAAGUUCUCUCCCCACACAAAAAGAUCUACAGGCCGACCAUGAGGCCAAAGAUGAAAAAAUGUAACAAUGAGAAAAAAACGGGUGAAACUCGAGUCAAGUGUAACAGAGGCGCCGCGGAGAUGGUGCCAAACAGAAAUACCAGUCUGGGCCUGUGGGAACUGGUACUCGAUCCCAUCGAGGCUGACACAAACAGUGUUGUUUCUGUUGCCUAUAGCAGCACGUCAGUGAACUGCAACGUCAGUUACACUGUACCAGCUCCCAUACCAGAUUUCGAUCUGUCUGUCAAUGGGUCAUCUAAAUCCAUCACUGUGACAGUGGAGCCUGGAGACAAAGUCCACACCAGAUGGUGUUACCGAAAAAGUUCAGUUCACUGCAUGGCUGGGAAUAAUCCCGCCGCCCGGAUAACUAUUGAUCCAUCUCGGUCUCAAUCAGCUCUUCUGAACGUCCCCUACCUGCUGCCCUGCGUCUGCGUAGAGGCGUAUUACACCAAUAUGGAUGCCCUUCGACAUAAAAAGUGCCCAUUUCAGAAUCGAACCAUCGCAGAUGUCAGAGAUGUUUGGGCCUCAUCCGAAGUCACAUUGUUCGAGUCGCGCUUCAAAUUACAGUCACCGUGUCCAGCCAGCGACCUACAGAUCUCUGCCUCCCUCUGCUGGAAGCAACACGAACACCUCUGCAUACCUGUGCUCAACUCCACGCUGGAGGACGAGGAUGAAGACUUUAUAUAUAACACAGCCACAGUGGACAGACACCCUCGUAUGUGUGUGCAGUUUUCUCUACAAGGCAGCCACAAUAUCUCCUGCCCCUUCCCGGCGGACAUGUCCUCAUGGGAGGUGUACAUGGCACCGGGCAGGCAGAGUGUGUUUUUGUAUCUCACUUCUUCUGUUCCAGCAACGUUCUCAGCUCAGCUCUGUGUUCCUGACGGGACAGGAUGUACACCCAUGGGCCAGGUCCACUCCUUAACAGUGGAUGGGAACGUGACUGAGAGGAGGAUUAAUGUCCCUUUACGCUCUCUUGCUGAGAGGCCCUGUGUGCAGGUGUGGCAGUCAAAUCCUGCUCUUCGUGGUAGAAGAAUUCUGUGCCCGGACUACGCUCACAGUAGACGCGGCCUGUUCGCUGUGGCAGCUUUGGUAUUUGUGGUUCUUGCUGCAUUUCUGGGAAUUUUCAUCCACCGUCUGACCAAGAGUGGAACAGCAGGUUGGCUCUGCAUCCAGGAGCCAGUGUUGCUGGUGUGCUCAUCAGAGCAGUCGGCCCACGUCUCGGCUGUGUGUGCUUUAGCCUCGAUCCUGCGGGCGGAGCUAAGUGCCACGGUGCACCUGGCAUUGUGGGCCCUAGGUUCACAAACGCAGACCGGGGCUGGGACUGGUGUGGCCGAUCUGGGUCCACUUCCCUGGCUCUACGGGCGGUGGGAGGCCGUGCGUAAGGCACAAGGAAAAGUGCUGAUUGUUUGGAGUCCUGAAGCCAAAAAGAGCUAUGAGAGGUGGAGAGAAGAGAGAGUGAACAUGGGUAAGGACGAGAGCAAAGAGGAAGACCGCAGCAAAGCCAAGGUGGAGGACGAUUUAAAGAUAAAUGAAAGAAAAUGCAAAAAAGAGAAAACUGCGGGAAACUGUGUUAAAUUAUGUGAUGAGAAAGACUGGUACACCCAGAAGGAGCCCUCUACAGUGAUAGCACCAGUGUUUACAGCUGCUCUGGCCUGCCUAGAGGGGGCGCUGCAGGGGUGCAAAGGUCAUGGAGUGGCCCUUGUUUACUUCCAGGGCCACUGCCACAGCAGGGACAUCCCAAAGGCCUUCAGAGGUGUUCCUCGGUACUGCUUACCACAGGAUUUAAGUGGUUUAAUACAGGAGCUGGGAGGGAUGAGAAGACAGACACAAAGUGGUAAAUUCAGCUGGCUAUGCUGGCCAAGGCUCAUGUCUAAAGUACUGUCAAUAUGGUUAGCACGGCAGCUAGCCCGGAGACUACAAACACUGCUGCCUCGGAUGCAAGGAAAGCAAAUGGAAGGGCCGGGCGUCACGUCAUCACUGAGAAUGAUGUCAGAGAAGACGCAGAGCAGGCUCAAGUUGCCAGUGGAGAGGCCGGGGACUGCACAGGAGCACGAGCCUCUCCACGGCUGGAGAGCAGAGAUGCUAUGAUCUCAGGUUUCACGCGUCUGAUGAGGACGGACUUUAGUCCUUCAUGAAACACAAUCUGCACCCAAGACACACGAGCUGGCGUCUCAUUGUUAGCACCUGGGCACCAAUCGCUCCGUAAGAACUGUUUAUAACACUGACAUCAUUUGGUCAAAAGUUCAACCACUUAUUUUGCAUGUAAAGAAGAGAAAUUCUCUCAACACUCUGUUGCUUUUGGUCUCUAACAGGGGCUCUUUAUGUUGACCUCUGUGACUGAAGCCAUUGUGAACACCUGCCUUAUCUCUGUACAUGUUAGAGCCACUAUGAAAAUCUGUUUGCAAAUUACACCUCAAUUUCUUUAUGAGUGCAUGCUUCAUGUUUGAAACGCUGUGUGCACAGGUGACAACUGAAGAUAUUUGCAUAGGAUUUUCUAAACAUGGAUCUGUAGGUGCACAGAGAAAGUGUCUUGUACUGAAGUGUUGUUGACUAUGUGGCAGUUUGUUUGACGUAUCAUGUUACACAUAGACUGAGUUCAUCUGCAGCCCUAUUAGCAAAUAUUUGCACACACGCUACCUCUUAAAAAUGACCUCUCUGGAAGCCCCAAGGUGAAUCUCUAAGACAUUAUUUACACCUUUUUCAAAGUGUCCAAAAAUCCUCACAGUAGCUGCUAAAAGUAGUUCCCACACUGCCUGAAGUCUUAAGGGCACAAAUAACAUCUUCUCUAAUCAAUCUGGGAUCGUGGAUUCGAUUUUAAAUUACUAUGGUUGUGUUGUGGUGGACUGGUAGUUGUGAUCUCGAUCAAAAAGUGAUAACAGACUAGUUUGCGGUUAGAAAAAGGAAUUCAUUUUACACAGCAGGUGGAUACGGCUGAAUGAAAGAACAAGCUUGGGCUUGUAUGAAAGACUCCACUUGCGGUAAGGGGAGAUGGCACACAGUGGCAGUGGUGGAUGUCUCAGGGAGGCGUCUCUUGGGUGGAGAGGUGAACAGAGGUGCCGGAGGCUGGUGAUAGGUCGGGAGUAGUUCAGGGGAAAUAAGACUCUAGAAAUGUUGACCAUGUGCCACUUGGUAACUGGCAAAAAUCAUCUGGUAGCGGUAAAGGAAAAGACCAGGGCUUUUCGACAUUUGUGCUGUGUGCCCACGCGCUGCAGGUGUGUGUGAGAGAGUCCGCAGCACCCUGACGGGGAAAACCCCUCCCAGCCUCAACACAUCAAGCACGAGAACACCACCCAAAACGGCCACAAAAAUCCAAAUAUGAAGAGCUGUGUCCCGCGGCUGUAUUGUCCCCAUCUAUUUCAGUUGCUUAGAAAAAUUCUGCAAAGCUGCUUUUGCUGUGAGGCUCCAGAAAUGUUUUGUUGACUUCAAAACUUCACCCAACUUUUUCCAUCCAACAUGAGGGUGAAGAGAUAAUUACUGGAUUUUCAUUUUUGGGUGAACUUACCCUUUUAUCGACUGUUGAUGAAGUAUUUGUUCAGUGUCACUUAACUGUACAUUAUAUCAACUGUAUAUUAGCCUAACACUGUUGGCAUUACUACAUUCUCUAUGAAAAAAAGAUGCUUUUAAUAAAAAAAAAAAAAGAUUCA